UGACUUUGUGGUUUGUCCGCGAGGCUCGUGUGAUAAGGUGUCUGCGCGCACGCACUUCUUAUCACCCCCACGAGAACUAUCUCCUGAUCGCCGCUGACAGUAUCUGUCUGCGUCAAACUCUCUCUGGGGGAGGUUGCCGCGGUGGGUGUAUUGUGUCGGGAGGUGACACUGACCGAAGUCAUCACCGCAACCCUUAAAGAAGGCAUCAACGCAACCCUUAAAGAAGGCAUCACCGCGUCAGGAAGAGACAUCAAGGAUAAAUAUUGUGGAUACAAAAGAGUGAGCAAUGACGUCAGAAACCAAACAACCAGCCUCUGGAGACGUGGAUGACAUCCAUUUGUAUGAAACCUUGCUUCAAAAUGUUAUUCGCAAGAACUACAGCAAUAAUAACUUAAAAGUAAAAGUGGUAAAGGUUCAAGAUGUUGUUCCGGUAGGAGAUAAUUAUCUCAGCUGCCUUCUCAGACUGUUUAUAGAGGUUUCCAGUGACGACAUGCCGCUUCAGAAGAAUUCAUUCAUUCUCAAAAUAUUUCCAAAAGGAGAGAUGAUGAAAAAGUUUAUAGAGGAAGACGGAAUUUUCCGGAAGGAAAUAACUAUGUAUAAAGAAAUUUUGCCAAAGAUUAACAGAAUAGCUGCAUCAAUUCUUAAUGGUGAGACAUUCGUCGCUGAAUUUUUUGAUACAGGCGAAGACCAUCUGCUAGUCAUGGAAGAUCUCAAAAUAGGCGGGUACAAGAUGGCGAACAGACAAGUCGGUCUUGACACUGAUCACUGCAAAAUAGCGAUCAAGGCUCUUGCUCGGUUCCAUUGUAUAUCCAUGGCGAUGACUGAAGAUGAUCCGUCACUUUUCGACAUGUUGCCAGAAGCGAAGGAACUUAAAGAGAGGGUUAGGGAUAUGAACAAAAUGUGUUUUGACCUAUACGAGGAACUGUCGCAAGUCGUAGAAUCUUGGCCUGGAUUCGAGAGGUUUGGAAGCAAGUUGCGUGAGGUCAGAUUGACGGUAGCAGAGAAUGUAGAACGAUGUAAAGACCGCAACAACACCGCGAUUGCAGUACUAAACCACGGUGAUUUUUGGCCGAACAACAUGCUGUUCAAGUACUCGGAAGACACUGGAAGGGUGGAGAGUAUAAAGUUUGUCGACUUUCAGAUGUCACACUUCGGUUCGCCAGCGGCAGAUCUCCAUUACUUCUUGGUCAGCAGCCCCAGCGCACAAAUCAGGGCUGACGGUACCGACGCACUUGUCGAAGAAUACCACUCGGAGUUUUGUCGCGUUUCUGACCUUCUGGGUUGCAAGACAAGGUUGAGUCUUGAAUGGCUGAAAGAAGAAAUGAAGAACAAGUUGUUCUAUGCGUUGCAUGUUAGCUGCUUCCUGCUGCACUUAUUCGUGGCGGAGCGUGAAGAUGCUCCUGACUUUUCACAACUUACUGAAGAAGAUUUAACAAAAGGACAAAAAUCUGUAUUCAUGAAAUCCUUUAAUGGUGCUAAGUUCAAGGCGAUAUUACAGAAACUAUUGCUGAAGUUCGAAAAAGAGGGGUUGCUCUAAAAGUAACGAGUGUGAAGACGAACAUUAAUUUUUUGUAAUUUACACACUACUUCAAAAUAACAAGAAUAAUUCAAUCAAACUAAAAGAGUGCAGUUGCAGAAACCACAGGAAAAUUUUAAAAAUGUAUGGUUCAUCACAACCUAUGCCCAAAUGUCAAAAGCAGCACGAACCCUCGGCAUGAGUGAAGCAUCUUCUUGGGUUCCAGCCUGGUGCAUUGCAGGGAGGCUUGGGGCAGAAGGAAAACCAGGAAGUGUCUAACAACCCCGCCGAUUUCCGUUAAUUGGCAUGUUUUCGUUUCAAAGCAAUAAUUUGAAGUGAUUUUUUGUGUGUUCAUAUUAUUUAUUACACGUAUCUCUUAGAUGCCACAGACAUUACGUUUUCAUGCCAAUUGAAUGUUCUACAGCAAAUAAUAAAUCUGUUCUGAGGAUUA